CUGUUGUUUUGCUUUCCGCAGGACUGUUUCUGGGUAAACAUGCAGACUAUCAAGUGCGUAGUUGUUGGAGACGGUGCUGUGGGGAAAACUUGCCUUCUCAUCAGCUAUACCACCAAUGCCUUCCCAGAAGAGUACAUCCCUACUGUAUUUGACAACUACAGCGCCCAAAUGACUGUUGAUGGCCGGACAGUUAGCCUGAAUCUGUGGGAUACUGCGGGCCAGGAGGAGUACGACCGCUUGCGCACGCUCUCCUACCCUCAGACCAACGUCUUCGUCAUUUGCUUCUCCAUUGGUAGUCCCUCUUCCUAUGCAAACGUGAGGCACAAAUGGCAUCCUGAAGUUUCUCACCACUGUCCAAAUGUUCCCAUUCUUUUAGUGGGCACCAAGAGAGACUUGAGAAAUGACCUGGAAACAGUUAAAAAGUUGAAAGAGCAAAGCUUGGCUCCCACUACCCCCCAGCAGGGGACUUCUCUGGCUAAACAAAUUGGAGCGGUCAAAUAUUUGGAGUGCUCAGCGUUGAAUCAGGAGGGUGUUCGAGAGGUGUUUGCCGAAGCUGUGCGUGCAGUUCUGUAUCCUGUGACAAAGAAGAACACAAGAAAAUGUGUCUUAUUCUAGUUGCCUUGGGUGAUGGAUGUUCAAAGUUGAACAUUGACUAGUGUCUUGGAGGGCUCUUGAAUGAGUUAAAUUGAAAAUUUGCAUCUUGCACUAACAGCUCUAAGCAGAAAUGGUUUAUGCAAUGAGUAUUCUUGCAGUCUUACUGCUUCAGGGAAACAGAACUUUCUGGGGUUUGGGGUUUUUUUCCUCCUUUUUUUCUUUUCCCCAAAUGAGAGGUCAAAUAUCUACUUUAUUUCUUAAGUUCCAGUCUCCAGCUUCUCCAGGGAUUGUCCUUAUUUAGUGGAGCAAAAUAAAAGGGACUUCUUUGAAGCCAGACUUCUUUACUAGAUAGCCAUCAGUUACUAGAUUAGCUGAAAAGCACAAAUCCUGCUAACUCUGCUUUAAGCUUAGCUGCUGCUUUUCCCAUGCCUUAUUUACCGUUUGUUUUACAAACGCGAGUCUGGUGGUUGUCCAUUUGGUUUAAUUUGCCAAUUUAAAGCUUGAAAACAACUUGUUUACAUGCAAAAAUGCCUGAAAUAUUACUGAGAUUCACCUUGGAGUGAAGUGUGAUCAUUUAUAUGACGAGUUAGUGUAAGACAUGUUUGAUGCAAUGAGCGAGACCCAGGGAACACCUGCAAUAAUUGUAUUAAUAGAAGCAGGACCGAAUUCCUCCUAA